AUGGUUCUAAUACUAGUAGCUGAUAAAAUGAGACUUCUCUUCGCCGUCCUCUUCCUGCUGGUCCAACACAAAACCGCAGCGGUCCGCGCCCUCCCGUUGAACACCUUCGACGACCAGGACUUCUUCGAUGGGAGCGCCGAGGGCAGCGCCGAAGGAAGCGCCGAAGGAAGCGCCGAAGGGGACGAGGAAGAGGGCAGCGGGCCGGGCUAUCCCACCUCCUACCUGGACUACACCUCCGGCAAGUACGAGUCCGCGACGGACGAGAACGAGCCCGACGGGGGAGCCCCGGGAGGCGACGUCUCCAGCGAGGACUUCUACUUGACCUACGAUAAGUACUACAACAGGACGGGCGGCAAGAGGACCUCGUCCACCGGGGCGGCGCCGAUGGUGCCGGUGGUCGAUACCGGCGACGGAAAAGUCUACGGAACUACUACGGAAAAGUCGAUGAAUUUGGAUAUUAUAAAUAAGAUUCGAUCGAUGGAGACGCCUUGUGAAUUGUUUGUUUCUCCGACGGGCGAGCAUUUUGUUGUUUAUUGCUGA